CCACCCUCAAUUCCACCUGCGUUGUCGCUUGACCUGCGUCUGAGAUGGCUUGAGACGUUGCUCUAUGGCGCGCGGCCAGAGGGCCCGGACCGCAAGCACACCGAGGUCAAGAAUGGAGAGACCCUUGCCCGACGCGCUGCCGAGCUGCAGCACACGUUGGACGACGUUGUGCAGAGCAACGAUGGGCUGCGCAGGUUUAUGGAACACUACGACCAACACGCGCAGUACCUCACUCCGGCGUUUGCGCUCUCCGGCAUCAUUCCAGCGCCCCCAACGUAUGAGAACAUGUCAUCCAGCGAGCUCGAAGCAUUCCUCACGGAGAUGGAGCCGGACAUCCGGGCAGCAGAACGCGACCUCCGCGAGAUUAAGACGCUCGAGGAUAAGGGUGUGACUGGCGCUGGAAAGCUCGCUAACUACAAGGAUCUUCAACCUCGUUUGGACGUAUUGUUGAAGGCCCAUCAGGAAGACGCAGAGAAAGCCGCGACGCUAGAGGCACGUAUUUCAGGUCUCAUGGACCGGUAUGCCACUCGAAUAGACACGCUUUCUGAACUCUUUGUCGCGUGGGACGACGCGCUACGGGAUGCCGAGGAAAAGGCGCGCGCUGCAGAGCGGGACAAGGAAGAAAGGAAGAAACUUGGAUAUGAAUGA